GACAGGAGUCAGUUAAGGACCAAGAUGAGACGCACAUUUCAUUCUGGGAGCAAACAAGUUGGUAGCUUCCUGAGCACUGCGCCCUUGUUAUUCUGUAAACAGUGUCUUGGCUGUGUUCAGUUCCCACUGUGCGUUUACAAUAUCUAGAUGGUUCAUUCGUUUUAUCCUGCACUGUACAAAGUAGGUCAUCUCCACAGUAUGUAGUGAUAGCUGUUUAUCGAAGAGAAGCCAGGGGCUUAAGCCAUAUAACACCAUGUUAAAUACGGACCCACCCUGUUCCUAAUUCUAUGGUUAGUUCAUUAUACCACACUGUCGCACAGGCUCAGCUCUCAGUGUCCCACAGUUUGUUUAAAUAGUUGAAGAUGUCAUUCAUAGACAACCUGGAAAUUCUGAAGCAGGGCUAACAUACUGGGGAAAGAGGCAGCUGCUUCUCUGCCCGUUUUUUCAUGUUUAUUUGGUCCUCCACACUCUAAAAGGAAAAGGAACCUAAGUUUCAGAGAGAAAGGAAGGGGGCAGUGUGAGCCCCAGAAGGUAGGCAACCCCUGCUGAUCGUGGGAGGUACUCCCAGAAGGCUGUCCUCCUGCAGUUGCCAGGCAACAAGUGUAAACAGGACAGGAUCAUGGCCAGUAACUACAGUGCCAACCAGUACGAAAAAGCUUUCUCGCCCAAGUACCUGCAGAACUGGUCUCCUGCCAAACCAACAAAAGAGAGAGCGGAUACCCACGAAGGUUACACUCAGAUUAUUGCCAAUGAUCGAGGUCAUCUCUUGCCUUCAGUGCCCCGUUCCAAGGCAAGUCCUUGGGGUUCCUUCAUGGGCACCUGGCAAAUGCCCCUGAAGGUGCCACCUGCUCGGGUAACCUUGACCUCCCGCACAACUGCUGCUGCUGCCUCCCUCACCAAAUGGAUACAGAAGAAUCCUGAUCUACUCAACGCCUCUAAUGGACUGCGUCCUGAAAUCUUAGGCAAGCCCCAUGGCCCUGACAGUCAGAAGAUACAGAAGAAAUCUGGUACGAAGACUGUACAGCAAGCAGCAAGCCCAACAAUAAUUCCCAGUUCCCCAGCUGUGGAUGGUGACAACUCAGAAGGAACUCAAAGCUCACACCCCUCUGCAGGCCACACACCAGGGCCCCAGACUCCAAUUAACUCACCCAAGCAAUUAACCCCACCUGCAAGCCCAUGUUAGACUCUCAAGCAGGAAGGUCCUUGUCUAGCUGAGAUCCAGACAUGCAAAGCUGUAACUCUGCAAGGGAGGAGUCUCAGGUGACAUUUUAGGGACUGACUGGAAUACGGAAGACCCUGUAUUCAGAAACGUGGAUCAGAAAAAUGGUGGGCCAAGAUGAAAGGCAAAUUUGGGCAAAUAAACAUUGUUUGUUAAAUCUU